AUGCCUGAGGUCGCAAUUGAGCCUGCAAAGUUCAUGAUCAACAAAUUCAAUUCAAUCAACCGGUCGCUAUUAUACCAGAUUGGCGAUAUUGCCACUGAGAGAUAUGGUCAACGUACAAAAAUUGUGAGACCCUGCACAGUGCCUUCCUCCGGUACAUCAACCCUAGCUGCGGGGCAUGAAGGCAUCCUUCCCGCAGGCCACGGCCCAUAUGCAGCAUGCAACGGGAUCGGAGAUGGCCCCUGGUCGUUCGUGGAUCUCGGCCGGCGACCCUGUCCGUUCAUACGUGAGACCGUUGGUGUUGUGCAGACCAACGGCACGGAGCAUGGGAGAUACUAA